AUGGCUGGACCCGGUGGUGGCCCACCUCGCAAGAGCCACACCAAGUCGAGAAAGGGAUGCAAAACUUGCAAGCGGCGACAUAUACGCUGUGACGAGAACUUCCCCCAAUGUCGGAACUGUACGAAGCACAACUGCCGUUGCGACUACAUGGAUAUGCCAGCAGCCGGUGAGGAACCUCUGAAAGGCGCCAAACCACCCGACCUCCUGAUGGGUCCCGAACUCCAGCGGCGCCUUGACAACUGGCGCAUGUCGGGCGAAUCUCCUCUACAGGAGCUUCAAGUGCCAGACAGGGUGUAUUGGACGCGAUUCUCGACAAUUGACCUACGCCUGAUCCACCACAUUACGACAUUGUCAACAGACAUGUAUAAUCGAGGAUACAGCACAUGCACGGCGUGGGGUUUCAAAACACCUUCGCUCAUCGCUGCGGCGCUCUCGCAUGAUUUCGCUAUGAGCGCACUGCUUGCGUUAUCUGCGUCACAUCUCGCGUGGCAAACGAAGAACCCAGACACAGACAAUCUGGCGUACCACCAUCGAGGAGUCGCCCUCAAAGGGCUACAUGAAGCCAUCGGUGCGUUCUCCAGGGAGAAUUCUGAAGCUAUACUUGCCGCCUCGAUUCUUCUGUCGUGGCAAGCAACUGACUGGCGGGGCUGGGCCUCCCUGCAGCAGGGGCUAUCAACCGUCAUGAGUGCCAUGCGGCAGUGGAUACACGAAUCCGACCUGGCUCGGUAUUUAGAAAACCAGAGGACAGUAGCUCGAGCUAGGACUCCCGCAACUCCAACUAUGCCUCACGCGCAGUUGUCGAUCCCUCAUGAAGACCUACGACGAGUUGAACAAAUCACUACAGCCCUUCACAACUUGAGGUUGCGGCUCUCAACCAGUGAGGAACUUGCAGAGCAUGCGGGACGUUUGGUCGAUUACCUUCAAGACUUACAGCGGGACUUGUCGACUCAAGCGCCUGAGCAAGCAUUCGUCCGCUUACAGCCACUCAGAGAUCUGAUCUUUUGGCUGCCACCACUGAUUUUGCGCCCAGACGAAUCGGACCUAGCCCCUCUAACUUUACUCUCACAUCUCUACGCAAGCGCGCUUGCCGUCGAGCCGUUGUUUCCAGAUAUUGGUGGCGCCUAUCUUGGAAGCAUGUCCGUACUCCCACUUGAGCGAGUACAUGACAUGCUCAGGACAAGACGAACCACACAACCUCAAGAUACAAGCAUUCAGGUGGCAUUGUCUCUGAUAGAUGUCCCUGUACAGAUCAUGACUUCAUACCGGCUGAGGCAAAGGCACAACAGCCAGAGUGGUCAAGGCAUCGAGGGCUAUCGCUAUUCUCCUCACGGAAGUCCCUACACCGCGCCCCAGAUGCCCAUCUCCACUACGGACGUAUCGAUGGCGCCGCACUAUUCCAACUCACCCCUCCAUGCUCCUGGCAUCCUGCCGUUGCCGGGAUCAGCUUAUUUUCAAGCUGCUCUAGGCCCUGGGGAACCGCGCCGAGAAUCAUCAAUGUCAUCCGUGUCAUCGCUCGGCCGCACCCAUUCAAUGAGUGAUCGGAGUCUCGCAUCUGGCAGCCCACAUGCAAUGGCAAUGGUAUAUGGGUCUCCCGCGACGCAGCAUCCGCGGAGCAACCACGAGCUGCCAGGGUCGAGGAUGGACUACUUUGGGCAAAUUCAAGCACCGUACAACCCAUACGGCAGCCUGAACAUGAAUACUCGGUUCGUCGCUCCUUCACAACUCUGGACUUAG